CGCUCAUGAGCACUCCUGCUUCGGCCACAGAGAGGCCUCCCGGUCCUCAUAAACAAAACGUCAAACUCGUUACACAAGAAGAACAAAAAGCUAUUGAGAAUUCAGAAAAGCACUCUCCUAAUCCUGAUGAGAACGAGCCCAAAGCACCCACACAUCAACGUCUUGUGCUCACCGACCCCAUCGCCUUCAGAAGUCAAGAACUCCAAGGCUACGAGAUAUACGUCGUCGAACAAUGGGCCACUUCUCGUACCCAUCCCACCUUUGUCAUCACCACCUUUACCGGUGAUCCACAACAUGUCGCUCAGGUCGGUAUCUUGAGCGUCCCUACAGACGAGUCUGGCUGGUCCGAUCGUCUGCGCGUCUACUUCAAGGCCCUGAACCAAUAUCAUGCCCGUCGGAGGGAGACUCCGCUCGGUAUACUGAUGAUAACAAACCUAUCUGGCUUUCCUUCGUCUCUGACGGUCAUUCCCGUUCCCGAUGGCGACCUCAAAAAGCACCGUUUCGACUUCUUCGUCUCUGAGAAUCUCAAGCGUAUGGGCUGUUCUGGACGUGUUGGUCUGACAUUAUCUGCACCCAACAGUGCUACCAUCGCCAAGUUCCAUCAGCUGUACAAGACCAGUGACAAAAAUCCAGUGAACGCAUCUGUCAUCGAGCUCGUCAAGCUAUGCCAGGCCGCUCUCAACAUUUUUGAUAAACUCGAUUUUGAUUAUGUAGACGGUCUGCUGUGCGACGUUACCGAGAAAGCAGUCAACGACUGGUGGCUAGAUAUCGGAGCCGAGUUCUAUAACAUAGAACCACACGAUGGUAUCCUUGGACCUACUACGGUAGCUGCUUUGCUUGGCCUUUUGAUGGGUGCUCGCAAUCGACUGAGUGCUGUUGGUGCAACUGUGCCAAAGGACCCUUUUGACAUUGAAGGCAUGAAACGCGGCAUCUCAUCUUUUCAAAAAAGCAAUCGUCUGGAGCGGACUCGACGACUCGAUCGACACACACUUGACAGGUUGCAUAGGACAUCUGCCAAGGCAGCCAAUGCUGAAGGGUGGUCAGUACCUCGUGCCGUCAAGAACACUGUGGCAGAGCUGAGUGGAAAAGGUGGCGAAAUGCUUGCAGAGGUCGUCGGAAAACGCGACAAGGCAGGUAUCGCCGAUAUCGAGACGUCGUACAUUGACAGAUUUGAGCAGCUUGUUUACGGUCAGCGCUGUAAAUGGCUAUGGCUUGGGAAACCUCUCAAGAGCCAAUCUGUCGACCUCAAGGACCAGAAGCAGAAUGAUUACGACAGAGGCUUCGGUCGCAUUGAACGAAAACAUACACAAGAGUCGAUUCUAACAGCACGGGCGGUUUCUGACGAGAUCAUGUCGCCUACAUGGUCUUCUAGCAGAGAAGGCGAAGGCUCUAUCAAGGAAGAAACCCAUCUUCAUCGCUCUGUGACGAAACGAGCGACAGGGCUGUUCAACGAAGGCAGACGAGGCUUUGACAAAUUCAAAGAUGCCGUUCGCGGCCACCACCCGAAAGGUUCGAAAGACGAGUCGCCAAUCUCACCUGCAGAUCCUUCGCGGCAAGACUUCAAAUUCCCUCAGACGCUGCAGCGAAUCAAUUCAAUAUCGCCACCUGCAAGUCCUAGGAUACAGCAAGGCGCGGACGGAAGCCUGGACCAAGUUCUACAGCAGCGAGAGCAGCAUGCAAAGUCUGAUACUGCUGCACGUACCGAUGCGCAAUAUUCCAACCACCUCCUCUCCAGCCCUCAGAAUCAAAACAACAGCGUGUUCCCAGUCGAAGACCCACAAAGAAAAAAAUCGGAAGAAGAAGCACGAGCCAAAAGCGACAACGACACCGAUAUCGACGGAUUCGAAACAAUUUCUCGUACAAUCAGCGGCGAACCUUCCAUCUCAAUAGCAGGCUCCGACUACCACGGCGUCGACCUCAAGCAAGUACUCCCUGGACCUCCAGAUCUAGCUCAAGACAUUGGCCCCCUCCUCCGCCGCAUUCAUUCCUACAGCGACUUCGAAACCCUCCNNACUCUAAAAACCCGCCCAGACAGUUUUUACCCACGCCGCCUCAGUUUUUCAAUCGCCGAAGACAGUAUUCUUCCUCCCUCGCCUCUAUUGCUUGCACCUUCCUCUCCGUUACCACAGCACCUCGCCCUCCCUGACCAGUACACCCACGAAUCAACAAUCUCCAGCGAUCUCAAAGCCUUGCGUGCCGAAAUUGCCACUUUGGACCGUAAAGAAGGUUCCUGGACGCGCGACCAAUUACUCGAAACUUCGCACUUGCUCACCCAAGCAGAUGAAGACCAAAGCUAUCUGGACUCCAUCUACCGUCCUUCAGCAUCAAACCUACAAGACCUUCGAGACGCUAGUGAAGCUUUGUUGGUCGACGAACGCGAUGCCCUACACGAAGGGGCCAAAGAACUAGAAACACUGGCCCAAAGACUGGACUAUGAGAUUGAAGGGUUAAGAGGUAAAGUCGAGGAUGUAGAGAUUAAUGUUGAUGACUUUGAGAGAGCUGUUAUAGGCAUCGAGGGACGCAUCGAUGAGUUGGAGGAUUUAGGACAGGGUAAGGGGGUUUGGGGGUGUGUGGUUUCU